CGGCCGCACGGCGUGUCUGUGUCCGCCGGCGUCUUCUCUCUAAAAGAAAAAAAAAAAGAAGAAGAAGAAGAAGGCCGCGCGCUCCAGUCCACGCUCGCCUCGCCAGUCGCCUCGCCGCAAAUCUCACCACACGCCGUCGCCGCCACCGUCCUUCCCCCCUUGCCUUAGCGCGAAGCCUCCCGAAGGCCUCGGCCGGCGCCACGCGGACGGGCAGCCAUGGCUGGCUCCGAGCAGCGUGUCGUCGCCGUCAUCAUGGUCGGCGGGCCGACGAAAGGGACAAGGUUCCGGCCGCUGUCGCUGAACGUGCCCAAGCCGCUGUUCCCGCUCGCCGGCCAGCCCAUGGUGCACCACCCCAUCUCCGCCUGCCGCCGCAUCCCCAACCUGGCGCAGAUAUACCUCGUCGGCUUCUACGAGGAGCGGGAGUUCGCGCUCUACGUCUCCUCCAUCUCCAACGAGCUCAGGGUCCCCGUCAGGUACCUGAGGGAGGAUAAGCCCCAUGGAUCAGCUGGAGGGCUCUACAGCUUCAGGGAUUACAUCAUGGAGGACAGUCCGUCGCACAUUGUUUUGCUGAAUUGUGAUGUCUGUUCGAGCUUUCCCCUGCCAGACAUGCUCGAGGCUCAUAAAAAGUACGGUGGGAUGGGUACUUUGUUAGUCAAUAAGGUCUCUGCGGAGUCCGCAAACCAAUUUGGUGAGCUUGUAGCUGACCCUGAAACAAAUGAACUGUUACACUACACAGAAAAACCAGAGACUUUUGUGAGUGAUCUCAUAAAUUGUGGAGUCUAUAUAUUUACACCCAAUAUCUUUAAGGCCAUCGAGGAUGUCUUAAUACAGAAGAAAGACAGAGCUAACCUGCGCCGCGUAUCUAGUUUCGAAGCUCUUCACUCGGCAACAAAAGCACUUCCAGCAGACUAUGUUAGGUUAGAUCAAGAUAUUUUAUCCCCUCUGGCAGGAAAGAAGGAACUUUACACAUACCAGACACUCGAUUUUUGGGAACAAAUCAAAACGCCAGGGAUGUCUUUGAGAUGCUCUGGCCUAUAUCUUUCUCAGUUCCGUCAUACAUCACCUCAUCUUUUAGCCUCAGGAGAUGGCAAAAAGAGUGCCACUAUUAUAGGUGAUGUGUACAUCCAUCCCUCUGCAAAGGUUCAUCCAACUGCAAAGAUCGGUCCUAAUGUCUCGAUAUCAGCAAAUGCACGCAUUGGAUCUGGAGCCAGGCUUAUACAUUGCAUUAUUCUGGAUGAUGUUGAAAUUAUGGAGAAUGCAGUUGUCAUACACUCAAUUGUGGGGUGGAAGUCAACAAUAGGAAAAUGGUCACGUGUACAGGGUGAAGGUGACCAUAACGCCAAACUCGGUAUCACUAUUCUUGGUGAAGCCGUUGAUGUUGAAGAUGAAGUGGUUGUAGUUAACAGCAUCGUGCUCCCCAAUAAAACUCUCAAUGUCAGUGUGCAAGAAGAGAUCAUACUAUAAUAGUCUUUUCAUAAUUCAUAUUUUCAUUCAAUUCCAAAUAAGGUCUGCGGACCAAUAUGUAGCCUCUCUUUUGUUGCCACCUUGUAAGCUUCCCUCAUAUUGAGAUAUCAUUAGUCUAUGUUAACCAAGCAGACAUGGUACCUGUAAUUUUGUUUACUCAUUUAGCCUAAAAUUUACUGAUGUAAAAAAAUGUACAAACAGAUGACAUCAUUUUUUUUAUUGAACUAACUAUUGUC